AUCUCCCACCGACAGGCCGCUGGGUUCGGGAGACUGCCGAGUCCUUUCUCUUCCCCAAGUGCAGACAGAGCCCCCUGGAGCCAUGGCCAGCCCUUCUGACAGCCCCGAAGACUCGGGCAAGCUCCGAGGCAGGGAUGGCCGGCAGAGGAGGGAGGAGGAGGAGGAUGCCCCUCCGGAGGAGAAGAGAUUGAAGCUGGGGCUGGAGGGAGGAAGCGCAGCGCAGGAGGAAGGAGAAGACGCGCCACGUCUGGGCAGGGAAGAGACCGGCACCCAGACAGGUGGCGAAGGCAGAGGUGAUUUACCGUCCCUGCCAUAUGACCUGGUCGAGGGUCAGGACUACGAAUCUGAGAACUCCACCCUCCUCUCCAGUGCCAGGAACAGUCCAGAAGACUCAGUUUUGACGAGCCUGGCUACCAGCAAAGCUGAGGACACUGCUCAAAGAACUCAUGCCAGUGGAACUUACGGCUUCCUUGAUCGGACUCAGCAUUCAGAUAUCAAAGCAGACUGCAAUACCUGUGUGGAAAUAGAGGACAGAAAGGUUUCAAGACAACAGAUGAAUUGUGAAAGAGAGCAGCUAAGGGGUAAUCAGGAAGCAGCAGCUGCCCCGGACACAAUGGCUCAGCCUUACGCUUCAGCCCAGUUUGCUCCCCCUCAGAACGGCAUCCCGGCGGAAUACACGGCCCCUCACCCCCACCCCGCGCCAGAGUACACGGGCCAGACCACCGUCCCCGAGCACACGUUAAACCUGUACCCUCCCGCCCAGACGCACUCGGAGCAGAGCGCAGCGGACACCAGCGCGCAGACCGUGUCGGGCACCGCCACACAGACAGAUGACGCGGCACCAACGGAUGGCCAGCCCCAGACACAACCUUCCGAAAACACAGAAAACAAGUCCCAGCCCAAGCGGCUGCACGUCUCCAACAUCCCCUUCAGGUUCCGGGAUCCGGACCUCCGACAAAUGUUUGGCCAAUUUGGUAAAAUCUUAGAUGUUGAAAUUAUUUUUAAUGAGAGAGGCUCAAAGGGAUUUGGUUUCGUAACUUUCGAAAAUAGUGCCGAUGCGGACAGGGCGAGGGAGAAAUUACACGGCACCGUGGUAGAGGGCCGUAAAAUCGAGGUAAAUAAUGCCACAGCACGUGUAAUGACAAAUAAAAAGACUGUCAACCCUUAUACAAAUGGCUGGAAAUUGAAUCCAGUUGUGGGUGCGGUCUACAGCCCUGAGUUCUAUGCAGGCACGGUGCUGCUGUGCCAGGCAAACCAGGAGGGAUCUUCCAUGUACAGUGCCCCCAGUUCACUUGUAUAUACUUCCGCAAUGCCCGGCUUCCCGUAUCCAGCCGCCACCGCCGCGGCCGCCUACCGAGGGGCGCACCUGCGAGGCCGUGGCCGCACCGUGUACAACACCUUCCGCGCCGCGGCGCCCCCGCCCCCGAUCCCGGCCUAUGGCGGUGUUGUUUACCAGGAUGGAUUUUAUGGUGCAGACAUUUAUGGUGGUUAUGCCGCAUACCGCUACGCCCAGCCGACCCCUGCCACUGCCGCUGCCUACAGUGACAGUUACGGACGAGUUUAUGCUGCCGACCCCUACCACCACACACUUGCUCCAGCCCCCACCUACAGCGUUGGUGCCAUGAAUGCUUUUGCACCCUUGACUGAUGCCAAGACUAGGAGCCAUGCUGAUGAUGUGGGUCUCGUUCUUUCUUCAUUGCAGGCUAGUAUAUACCGAGGGGGAUACAACCGUUUUGCUCCAUACUAAAUGACAAAAACCAUUAAAACCUUCCAAUGUGGGGAGAGAGGAAGCUUUCCGAGGCCUGGGUAUUGCAAUACACGCAGUAGUACGUCAUUUUAGCAGCUCUAAAAAUCAAAAAAAAAAGAGGAAAAAAAUUACAUUUUUUAUCUUAUACCUCAGAUAUUUUGUUCUGUGUAUUUUAAUAUUGUGGGUCUUUAAUUUCUGAAGGUUCCGUAGUUUGGUUGCUGGCUGUAGGAGUUUUUGUGGUUGAACUAGAGAGACGCUAGCUAGGAAUAGAAACCGGUUUCGGGCCAUAUCCAGAGUGCUAUAUCAUGUAAAUGAAUUCUAUAUGCUGAAUCUUAAGCUACUGGGGUUAUCAGCUGUCUGGGAAGAGUGUAAGUGACUACAAUAGUCAUGUUUUUCUGCAUCUGCUUUAUUUUCUUUUACGAGCGGGGAAGGGUGGGGGGGGAGGGUCUUAGGGGACGGGGACCGGGAUUUGGGCUGAAAGGAAACCCAGAAUAGUAACUGACAAAUCCAAACGACCCACUGCACCAACAAUCAGAUGUCAGCGGUUCUGAGUUACUCAUUGAGUUCAAGCCAAAGGUUAUGUUGUUUAAGGGAGUGCUUCUCCAAGCACUUUGUGCAUCCAAGUUGAAGUUGAAUGAAGCUGUGCAAACCCACCCUUUAAACCAUUCCACUUGGCCGUAUUCAGCUUCUCAACCAGCCGCUAGUUAUUUAGGCAAAAACUGCUAGUUAGGCCAUCAACAAGCAUUCUUUUUAUAUUUCUUCCAGUAUAAUAAAUUAUUGAUAUCAUUGCUGACUUUUAUAUUACGGGAGGGAAAAAAAAAAUAACAUUAAUAAAAAGGUGAUAAAAAAGCACUGUUUCUAUUUUUUUCUUUUUUUCCAAAAAAAAGAAAGUAAUAAAAACUUAAAUUCUUUGUACCAGUUAAAAAAAAAAAUGUAUAAAAUUUACAUCUGUGCAGUGGCGUUGUUAAGUUCUAGAAACAGUCUAUGAAGCUUUAGUUUUAGCCUAGUAGAGCAACUGUUAGAGACAGAUGUAUAAUUUUUAUGGAAUUACAUGAUAAUCAUAUUCGGAUUUAUAGAAGCAUUUUACAAGUAUUGCAAUCAUUGAGUAGAGAUAAUCAUGGUAUUUUCAUCAGCUUGGUACUUUUUGAAACAUGACUGUGUUGUGUGAGCAAUCUGCAAUUUUUCCGUCCGUGAGAGCCUGCCCUCCUCCUCCUGGUCCCCGAGGAGUCUCUCAAACCAGUAUCUUUAGUUCCGUCUCCAAGGCCCAGGACACUCGUCAGAAGGAAGCAAAAAAAGUGGGUUUCACCCUCCUCUCCCCAUAUCCCCCCUCCCCGCCGCCAAGAACAAAAGCUCCGUCCCCCCUACUUCCCCCGAGCAGGGCCAGAGUGACAGCCGAAAAAUUGCAGUUUGUACUACUUCUGUUUGAACUCUUUCCAUGUUGUCCUGUUUACAAGUUAACCUAAGUUGGGGUAUCUGUCACGGGUCUUCCUGUUUUUGUAUUUAAAUGAAAAACAAACAGCGGCCAGCCGCCUCCAGUAGUCCCGCUGCCAUAGGUCAGUCUCCUUGUGUACAGCGUAGGCCCUAUGGCGCGCCCCUCAGCCGAUUAUCAACUCACCGCUGUGGACCUGCCAAUCCGCUUUAACAACUCCGCUUUCAAACAAAACCAAAAACUUAAAAAAAAAAAAAAAAAGUGUGUGUGAUCCAGCUUUUCUCUUGUCAUCCUAUGUGCAUGCAGUAAGAUCGGUUGGAUAUUAAACCAUCAAUAAAGUUUCACAAGAUUUGAAAACAAAGUUUCUGGAGCUUCGCUAUCUAAGACAGAUGCUCGGGGGAUCUGGAGAGGAGCCAAGGGGUGGUGUGGGGGAGGGGGGCACUGCUUAGCAGCCAGAAGCAAGCAUGUCAGAUGUCCUUUUCCGCAGACUGAUGUGGGUGGGGGAGCGAGGGGCCAGAGCGUGUGUUUUUAGGCCAUUCUCAUUCCCCCACCUAGAUGACAGUGCUAGGACCGUGGGUGCCUGGCAGAUGGGUUUCUAAUUCCAUGAAAACACUCCGGCACCAUGCCCCCCGGAGGGGAGAGAGGUGGAAGGGACAUGGCGGCAGCGUGGGGGGUUGGCUCGGGAGAACCCAAAACUCUCUCCCGAUGGCCUCCGAGGUUAGAAAUCCAGAAUUUGCAUUGUAUUUGGAAUCACAAACAUAGAAUUCUUACUGUGUGGGUUCAAGUAAAAUUAAUUUGCAGUUUUGAUUUUCAUCAAUGAGCUGUACUUUCCCCCAUGACUGUAUGUAGUUUUAAUAAAAUCAUUUAGAGCAAGUGAGUGCCCCAUGAUGUUCCAAAACCUUUCGUCUGGGCACUCCACCAAGAUGCCAAUAAGUCAUUUUAAAAUGUAUGUCAGAGAUGUAAACGAACAUUUUGGAUUUUUUUAAACAGUAUUUAUUUGGAAUGUUUUCAUUUAUCUAAGUAACUAUUGCUAUUAUGAAUUAUGGAAAAAAAAAGAUUAAUAUCAUGUGUGGCAUAUAGUGACUUCUUAACACACACAUCACGCAAUCUGCAAACCCAGAAAAUGUGUAUAUCUGUCUUUAGAAAUUAGUGUUUAUAUCACUUACAGUGGUUUGUGAAUAAAGAAAAACUGGUUUGUAAUAUCAAAAAAAUAAAAGCUUAGUCUGAAAAGGUA